GCCGGCAUUAAUAUCCGUUCUCUUCUGUGUAAACGGAAGUGAACAGUGACCAGGAAAAAGGUCCACGUUAGCGUUUUUAUUGUCGUUUAUUAACACCAUGGAACUCAAAAUAUGACUAUUUUAACUUCACAGCAUUACAUACUCAUCACAUGUAGUCAUUAAUUCGCGUUGGAGAAAGGACUUGUUCGAUAUACUUUAUCUAGGUAACGCUAGCUAGCUGCUAACAAUGGCUAACUGUAUGGUUUUUCACACUCAAAUAGCCUCAAUCAUGGAAGUGCUAGCGAAUGCAGCCGUGGCCGAUAUCUGUAAACUCGUAGACAACGACUAUGCAGUGUUUCGUUUGGAAAUAACUCAAAGCCAGAAAGAAAAUAGGGCAUUGCGGAGGAAACUACAGCUCCUGGAACUGAAGACGGCACGAGAGCGCGUCCUCGCCAGUCGUCCCAGUAGUGUCAAGAUUCUCGACCGAUACAGAGGAAUCGCAAGAGGUGAAGGACAUCUCACUGGAGGCCACAGGAGCUUUGUGAAGCCAGCAGGACACAAUACAUGGAGAGAUGACCAACCAAUCACUGUUGAUGAGGGGAGUGGAACCUCAACCCAACACGUUAUCAUAAUAGAGUCUGCAGAGGCUGCAGGUCCUGGGGUCAAGCUGGAUAAGUCUGAAGAAGAGGAAGACCCACGGCACAGCAAAGACAUCCAGACUGGAGGGGCUGGAGUGCCCCCUGUAGCCACGGAGGACCCCGCCCCAGCACAGCCCAGGACCCGACACAGCAUCACGGAGGUCAGUGGAACGCUGAACACCGUCCUCAAGUCAGAGACCGACACAGAGACUCUAACUGUAACACAAAGGAUUUUACACACAGGAUCUGACCAUAGGUCAGACCCGGAGAGACUGGGGCUGGGGGGACUGGGGUGUCCUCCUGCUCCAAGCUCAGAAUAUUUACUCUACGGUAAUCCGAGCCAGAGGAAGGUUCAUUCCAAUCCUGCUUCAGGUGAUGUGUUAAGUGCUGGUGAUGAUCCGUGUUGUUCUUACAUUACUGAGAUGGACCCUGGCAACAUGCCCUUGGGUUUAGAGACACAGACAAAUCUGUCUAGAGGGGACUGGAACCAGUACAGUAGUAGUGUGUACUCUGAAGGGUGCCUAGAUAAGAAAGGGGAGGGUCUGGUCGGAGAUGAAGUGACUGUGAAAGUGGAGGGCGACGUUCCUCCCACAUGGAAUGCAGAUAGUCACCUAGGCGACGGACACUCACAGGGCAGAGAUUUCUUAGAUUACAGGGAAAGCUUAGUGUCCACGUCGAUGGGGCCUUCCGAUUCACACGGGUGUAUCCUUUUCGAUCAGGUAUUGAACUCAGACGACAGGGCUAGAGCCCAGGCUCGGGGAGGGGGACGAACAUCAGGCACUAGUAAAGCAAAACGGUUCCUCUGCAUGUUCUGUAACAAAGGCUUCAGCUGCGCCCAGAAGGUGGAGAUCCACCAGAGGGUCCACACAGGAGAGAAACCAUACAGCUGUACCCAGUGUCACAUGCGCUUUGCCCAGUCUGGCAGCCUGAAGAGGCACCAGAAGGUCCACACAGGAGAGAAACCCUUCAGCUGCCCCCAGUGUGAUAAGAGGUUCUCCCGCCAGCACCUGCUGAAGACGCAUCUGAAGGUCCACACAGGAGAGAGGCCGUUCGCCUGUACACACUGCGGGAAGAGGUUCUCAGAGAGGAGCUACCUCAAGAUACACCAGAAGAAAAACCAUUCCACUCUAUAGCUUCUUACUUGUUGAUCACCUCCUGCAUUAAAAACAAACAUUGAUUGUCAUUGUUGUCAAGAGAAAAGAUCCACAGAUACAUUUGGAAUAACAAGAUUAACAGAUUUCAGUGUUGAAUAUUCAACACUAUGUAAAGUUCCCCAACUGGCGGGUGAGUUUUCUGAGCAAUUAAAACUAAAUACAUUCGUAUAUGGUUUUUAUUGACAUAAAACACCAGUCCAAUUGAUUUUAAUUUUGGAAAUCUCUUCCAAAGUAUUCCCACGCCGAAUAGAAAGAUAUAUGGGAUCAUAUACAAAUUUAAGCAAGAUUUGAAAUUAUUAUAUUUUCGUCAAAUAUAUCUGUUUGAGCUUCUUGCGGUCAAUUUGCAGUCUACAAAUUAUAAUUAUGUUUCGGCCCCUUGACCAUCUGCAAAAAAGAAAAUCGGCCCAUGGCUGAAUCUAGUUGAUGAUCCUUGACUUAGAUGCACAAAGUAAACUACAGUAGUGGGUCAAUUUCCGCAACAACGAAGAGUGUUGAAGCACGAGGCUAAACAAGUAAUAAUGUGAGUAACAGAUUUCAGUGUUGAAUAUUCCUGGGUAGAAUAUUGCAUCCAGACAUUGUGUGAUAUAUAUAUAAGGCAUAUAUAAGCCUAAUGAAUCUGUUUCAGAUUGUUUGUACUGUACAUUUGAUGUUAAAAAUGCAUUACUUCCAUUCAACUACCAACAAAAAUUCCCCAAGAAAGACACUUUUAAUGAGAAAAGAAAUUUGGCGAGUAAAUACAGAUGUGUAUCUGAGAUGUGUGUAUGUGUAGUUUUCAUAUGGUCUAUUUAAAGUGUUUUUAUUUAAUAAACACAAAAUGGGACUUUUCA